AUGGCGGGUGUAGAUGUUCACAUUAUCAUUACUAAUGAAGAAGAAGAAAGACUAAAGAACGCAACAAGCUUCCCAAUAAUUGUAUCCAACGAAAUCCUCUACUACUUCCUUUUAGUGAACUCAUGGGGCCCUGGCCAGGCAGUGUGUAUAUUUGGUGUUAUUACAAACGUUCUAAACAUAAUCACUUUCGUUAAACAGGGCGUGCGGGACACUGUCAACAUCAGUCUCCUAGGUUUGGCUACGUCAGAUUUGGGUUCUCAGAUCACACUGAUGUAUGCCAAUAUUAAUGGGGCUCCACCUUUUCUGGCGAUGGAUCUACCGUUUGUUGCCAGGGAUGUCAUAAUUAGUGCAUGGAUAACGGCCUACAUCACACUAGAGAGAUGUAUCUGUGUUACUGUGCCACUGAAGGUCAAACAAUUUUUCACCCCUAAACGAACUGUCCUAUAUCUUCAGUUUGUGUAUUUACUAAUGCUAGCAAGCAUUUGUCCAAGUUUAUAUACUACACGACCAGCAAUGAUCUUCGAUCUUUUGAGAAACAAGACUUUGCUUGGGGUUUCCUUUUUGGCGAAUAGAGACACAAUUGAGCAAAUCACAUUUAUAACAAACAACACAAUACCAGUCAUAGCCUUGUGUCUCGUUACUGUAUGCACCCUAGUUCUUGUAUCAUCUUUACGUCAGAAAUCAAAAUGGCGCCAAAAUGCUACGUCUGUUUCUAACAAGGCGGCCAUGUCUGGCAGAGACAAUAAAGUUGUCAAAAUGGUGUUGCUAAUAUCUGUUAUUUUUAUAAUAUCUUACGUUCCCAGCACGGCAGUUUUCAUUUACAUGUUAUACGACACUGACAUGCGAAUUGACGGACGUCGAACUAAUCUCUUGCUUGCUGCAUUUUCUGUUUUAUUUAAUCUGGAAUCCAUCAAUGCUGGAGUCAAUAUAUUUAUUUACUUGAGCAUGAGUUCAAAGUUUAAAUCGACAUUCAAGGCCACGUUUUGUUGCAUACACAAUUGA